GACGCCUGAGACCCCACCCCAAUCCUUCCACCUCUCGCGGGAUCUCUCGGGAGGACGGAUGGGUUUAUGUCCCAUCAUGGCGGCUGAAGAGGCGGAUGUGGAUGUUGAAGGGGACGUGGUGCCAUCCACGGCACAGCCAGGAAGCAAUGAAAAUACAGCGUCUGUUUUACAAGAUCACUAUCUUGAUUCAUCAUGGAGAGCUGAGAAUGGUCUUAUUCCUUGGACUCUGGAUAGCACCAUCAGUGAAGAGAACAGAGCUGUCAUUCAGAAGAUGUUGUUGGAAGAAGAGUAUUACUUAUCUAAAAAAUCACUUCCAGAAAAUUUCUGGCUUGAUCAAAAGGAAGGUGAUAAAAAAUACAUGAAGAGUCUACAGAAAUCAGCAAAAAUCAUGGCACACUCUCCUACAAAACCAGCCAGUUACUCAGUAAAGUGGACGAUAGAAGAAAAAGAGCUGUUUGAACAAGGGCUGGCUAAAUUUGGCCGAAGGUGGACCAAAAUUGCAAAGCUAAUUGGAAGUCGCACUGUUUUACAAGUUAAGAGUUAUGCCAGGCAGUACUUUAAAAAUAAGGUAAAAUUAGAUGGUCCAGAGAAGGGAACACCACAUCAGAAGAGCAGCAGUGGUCUUCAGAUUAAAAAUGAAGAUGAAGGCACAAAGGCCUGGACUCCAUCAGGUUUAAGGGGACAUGCUGAUCCCAACUUGAAUGCUAUAAAAAUUGAAAAGUUAUCUGAUGAUGAAGAAGUAGACAUUACAGAUGAGGCAGAUGAGGUGACUUCUCAAGCUCCUCCCAAAAUUCCUGGCAGUGAUGUCUUAUUAAACAUUCCUAAUAGUAAAAGUCAUGAAACCAGUCAAGGAGAAUUUAUUGCUUCUUACAACCAGGAAGAUUCCAUAUCUAAAUCUUCCAAGGAAUAUUUUGAGAAUACAAAGCAGGGUGAAAUGGAAGUACUUUCAAGCUCAGGAAUUACAUUUUGGACUGAAAAACAGAGCACUAGUGACAAAAAAUCAGUUGAAUUAAAUGAUCAGAAAUGUAAUAAACUGGUGAAAAGCUGUGAAAAACAUGAUGGAAAUGGAGUAAUAGACGAUGCCAGGCAGCUGCCUUCUCCAGAGCUUUGUGAAGUUCGGGAAGAUCUGAGUGAUGAAGAAAUGCUUUUUCAUUCUUCCUGCCAAAUGGAGGGGGAGAGCCACGAGGAAGAAGAGCUUAAGCCACCAGAACAAGAAGUGGAAAUAGAUAGAAAUACCAUUCAAGAAGAAGAAAAACAAGCAAUUCCUGAGUUUUUUGAGGGGCGCCAAGCUAAAACACCAGAACGCUAUUUGAAAAUUAGGAAUUACAUUUUGGAUCAGUGGGAGAUAUGCAAACCGAAAUACUUAAAUAAGACCUCAGUACGUCCUGGCCUGAAGAACUGUGGGGAUGUUAAUUGUAUUGGACGGAUUCAUACAUACCUCGAGUUGAUAGGAGCAAUCAAUUUUGGAUGUGAACAGGCUGUGUACAACAGGCCACAACCAGUUGACAAAGCACGAGCCAGGGACCGAAAAGAUGCGGCGGAAGCAUACCAGCUUGCACAGCGUCUGCAGUCUAUGCGCACAAGGAGACGUAGGGUCCGAGACCCAUGGGGAAAUUGGUGUGAUGCAAAAGACUUAGAAGGACAAACCUUUGAGCAUCUCUCUGCCGAGGAAUUGGCAAGAAGAAAAGAGGAAAAAUGUAAAUCUGUUAAAUCCUCAAAAGUACCAAGACCAACAAAAAGCUCAUUUGAUCCCUUCCAACUGAUACCUUGUCAUUCUUUCAGUGAAGAAAAGCAGGAGCCAUUUCAGGUGAAAGUGGCUUCAGAAGCACUUUUAAUAAUGGAUUUGCAUGCUCAUGUUUCUAUGGCAGAAGUGAUUGGUCUAUUAGGAGGAAGAUACUCAGAAGUUGAUAAGAUAGUUGAAGUCUGUGCAGCAGAACCAUGUAACAGUCUGAGUACAGGACUGCAGUGUGAGAUGGAUCCUGUGUCACAAACACAGGCCUCAGAAACCUUGGCUGUGAGAGGCUAUCGUGUAAUUGGAUGGUAUCAUUCUCAUCCUGCCUUUGAUCCAAAUCCUUCUUUACGAGAUAUUGACACUCAAGCCAAAUACCAGAGUUACUUCUCCAGAGGCGGUGCCAAGUUCAUUGGAAUGAUUGUUAGUCCUUAUAAUCAGAACAAUCCUUUACCUUAUUCCCAGAUUACCUGCCUAGUUAUAAGUGAUGAAAUGAGCUCAGAUGGCUCUUACCGUUUACCUUACAAAUUUGAAGUACAGCAGAUGCUAGAAGAACCUCAGUGGGGAUUAGUGUUUGAAAAGGCAAGAUGGAUAAUAGAAAAAUACCGACUGUCCCAUAGCAGUGUCCCUAUGGAUAAAAUCUUCCGCCGGGAUUCUGACCUGACUUGUUUGCAGAAACUCUUGGAGUGUCUGAGGAAAACUCUGAGCAACGUGACUAAUUGCUUCAUUGCCGAAGAAUUCUUGACUCAAAUAGAAAAUUUAUUCCUUUCCAAUUACAAAAGCAAGCCAGAGAACGGAGUGGCCGAAGAGAACUGUGCUGUGGGUCCAAAGGAAUUGUUAAUGUAAUUAUUUUAAAGUAAGGCAUUCUAAUCUGGACACAAUAGAUCCUACUCUCAAAGUAAUAACCUUGAAAUUACUGUAAUUUAGCUAAUAGUGGCACACCUUUAAUAUUUUGUCUCUAGUUCACAGAAUCCAACUUGGUCACGUAAAUCAUGUGACAAAGAGAUAUGGACUUGUUUUCCUACAGUGCUUAUCAGAGUGUUGUGUGAACCAGGGUCUGCUGCUGUGCUCCAGUCCGACCAUGGCCAGUAAGCGGUGCAGUAGACUCUGAAGGGCUGUCUGCUGUACUGUUGUAUUCAGGUCGAUAAAUGGCAUGUAUCUGUCAUAUUUAUUUCUUCCCCAACUAGUCAUUUCACUUUUGGGAAUUCAUGUCUGUGUCUCAUUAGGAGCACUUCCAUUUUUUCCAUGUGUUUUGGUGAGAUUUGGUUAUGGUUGCAAACGAGACAUGGAUGGAUGGUCACUGAGGUAAUUAAUAACAUGGUUGAGAACUAGUGGUCUAAUGAAUCUAGCAACAUGCUAUAGGAGGCCAGGGCAGGCAUAAGAGACCCAAAGGAGAGAAUCAGCUUGCCAGUUUUCCCAUUAUAGAUAUUUGUUUCCAUUUUAUUUUAUAGCAGUAAUACUACAGGAUAUGGCAUUUUCUCAGCUAUCUGAAACAUUUUGUAUGGAUUUCAGAUACAUGAAAUAAUUAGCUUCAACUGUAUGUCCACUUCUGUUAGUGUGUGUGAUAAAACCUCAUUUAAUUGGAAGAUGAAUAAUCUUCACCCUCAAACUAGAUUUUUUUCUACUACCUGUUCUCAGAAGAGGCAAAUUAUAAUACUGCUUAAAUAUUAAAUCAGAGAUUUAAUUUUAAAAACAAAAAAGCCUUCCAGGGUAUAUUACAUAUCUAACCCAGUUUCAUAUACUUUCUAAAUGUAGAACAUAAGUUAGCAAACUUUCUUUUUUUAAUUUUUUUAAUUUUUUAAUUUUUUUUUACAUUUCUUUAUUUUUGAAAGACAGAGACAGAGCACAAGUUGGGAAGGGGCAGAGAGAGGAGACACACAAUCCAAAGCAGGCUUCAGGCUCUUGAGUUGUCAGCACAGAGCCUGAUGCGGGGCUGGAACCCACAAACCGUGAGCUCAUGACCCGAGCUGAAGUUGGACGCUCGACCAACCAAGCCACCCAGGUGCCCCUUAAGUCAGCAAACUUUUUAUGUAAAGGGGCAUUUAGACAAUAACUUAGGUUUGUAGGCCACAUACUGUCUCUAUCAGACAUUCUUCUUUGUAUUUUUUUACAACCCUUUAAAAAUGUAAAACCAUUCGUAUUACCUCAUGAGCCUCACAGAAAACGAGUUGCUGGCCAUUAUCGUCCAACCCCUGCUCUAAAGAAUUAAAAACAUUUAUAAUUUAUUUUCAGAUGCAUGAACCUGAGAACCUGAAAGCCCUUAUUUACAUCAUCUUCCAUCAUCUUUGUUCUUCCAACAAAACUUAAAGUUGUGAUUUACAUUUAAGUACAUUUUCAAGUAAAAUUAGCAAUCAUGCUGCCUGUUUACUCAAAUAGAUUUGAGUUCAUUUCUGUUAGCUAUAGAACUGAUUUACACCCAUUCUCCAAGCAUCCUUAUUAAUAAUAGUUUUAUUACGUCUUAUCUGGAUGUGAUUCUGUAUUUUUAUCUCUUUUGGUUGUAAUCAUUAGCUACAGAAGAAUAUGGCAGUAUUUGAGAGAGCAGCGAGCCAGUUGUAGAUGGCCUGGGUCUUGGCUCAGCCUUGUGACUUGGAGGUGGGGGGUGGAGAGAUGGUUACAGUUGACCUUCUCUGGGCCUAAAUUCUUGUGUAACUGAGGUCUAAAUGACCUUCCUAACAGCCCUGCAGGUCUAAAUGUAUUCCUCUAUAGGUAGUUAGGAUAAACAAUGAAACAAUGUAUAAGGCAGUUACUUUUGGGACUGAGGUUUAUAAGAGCUAUAGACCAAAAAUCAGGAAACCUGAGUACUUAUGCUAAUUCUAUUAUCAGUUUUGCUCUGUGACAGUGAUAAAAUCACAUAAUCUGUCUGGACCUCAGGCCCUUCACCUAUAAUCCACGGGUCUGAGUUUUAUGACUUAGUUUAUCCUUCCAAGCACACAAAGUCUGCGAUUCUGUAAAACAUAGUAAUUGCUUCCUUUGUACUCUUCCUUUUGACAUAUUUUUCCCAUUGUACAUUGGGAACAGAUCCUAGAAAGUGGUAUUAAUUAGUUCUUGAUUGAUAUUUCUGUAUAAAUUGAUGAAUUCGGGUGAUGGAAAAUAAUUGAAAUUGUUAACAGUUCUUUUCUCAAAUCCGGUUCCUCUGCAUGCCAAGUUCACCAUAUUUACCAACCUAAGCCAUACUGUGAGCAAGUCAAAGAUGGUAAUCUUCAGAGUUUAGAGUUGGAGAACACAAUUUUUUAAAUAAUAUUUACUGAGUGUUUUUUCUGAUGAUAGAGUAUGUUUUAUCAUAAAAUAUUUUUUAAAAACAAAAUGAAUAAAACAAAAAUAUAUAAAUCCUGUUAUCUAGAAAACCACAGGUAACAUUUUAGUAUAUAUUCUUCCCCCCCUUUUUUUUCUUGGACCAUGUAAUUUUGGAACAUUACUGUAGUUUUUUUCCUCUCCCUCCUCCUCCGUUCAUUCUCCCUGUUUCCUUUUGCUCUUAUCAUAUUCUUAAAACAUUUUUCAACUGCAGGUGCCCACAUUCACUGCCGACUUGGGCUACUGAGGGCAGUCAGAGCCAGGGCCUUGGAGAAGCACAGAGGAAGUCUGUUGAGGGGCAGUGUAAUAUAGGAAAUUCAGGAGGCAGAGACCCAAAGGAAAACCUCCCUCUGGUAAUGUUUACAGGAGUGGAGACCGGACCUGAAAACAUCCAGAUCUCUUCGUCCUGAUUUGAUUCUUACAGUUGCCCAAUGACAGUAAAAUAAUGAACUUUUUUUUUUCUUUUUCCUGCUUGGCUAGCGGAAAUCGACAGUAGUACUUUGCCAGUAUUAGACUUAGUUCUCUUUAAAAUCUAAUCUCAAAGUAGCUUUCAAAAAAGAAAAAUCAGUGGAAUAAGAUCGACAAGAUCAGACUCUCCUUCCUCCUCCAUUAUUUUAUCCUUGAACUACGUUCAAAGCCACAUUAGGACUUAGACACUUUUGCCGCCUUUGGAUGUCUUCUUCCAUAAAAAAUUAAAAAUAAAUUCAUUAUAAUUGCAUUUGUAUAGAAUGAAUCUGAUAUUGUAUAUAAACAUGUCCUCAAUCUAAAGGAUUGAUUUUUUUUCCUUCUGAAUUGAAAAGAAAUUAAAACAUUUUAUGGGCCUUAAAGGUAUUGUGGGCUGGAGGCAUGGUGCCUAAUAGGUAGUAAGGUGGCCCUGCCUGUAUUCUGAAGAGUAUCCUUGGGAAGACGGUAGUCAUUGGCCUCUCCCUGGAAAGCCUGUCUCACCGACCGUGGGGCAGCUUCUUCACCCCAGCCAAGAACACUGCAGUUCCUGGGGCUUUAGAUCUAUAGAUCUGCACUUCAUUCUUCACUCACCUGACCAAAACUUAGGAAUGUUGAUUAGGAGCAAUCAUCCUUUCAAAAAAAAAGAUAGGAGGCAGUGAUUAGUUUUAGCUGUCACGUAGAUAUUUUUGUUCUGAUCCUUAAUCUAUAGUUUUGAACCUCAUGCCACGUAUCCUACCACCUUUCAUGUCUUCAUUUCCCUCAAGCCCUUCUCUUCAUCCCCACCCCCUCUACUUCUUACCUCUCAGCUCAGAGGUACAAGAUGGUUCGUUUAGCAUUUGUUGAAACCGGGCCUGAAGAGCAGAGCUAAACAGACCCGUUCGUGUUUUGUGGAAGCUCGUGCUGCCCCCGCCUUCCCUCCACAACUGUGCUGCCCCACGGGAGUGGGGUGAGGUCUGCAAUGUGCAGACUGGAAGCGGGUCAGAGCUUCGGCAGCCGUGUGGGCAGCAGGGAGACUGCAGGCUCAGCAAGCCCACCUGAGCAGGCCUCCUGCCGUGCAGUUUGCCUGCUUCCGUUGGUCUCUCUGGGUGCCGACAAGGGGCGCUGUUGGGCCUGCGGGAAGUGAUGUGGGCAGGCCACCCCAGGAUUGAGGCUUUGCCUGUGGACAGAGACCUAUGGACACCUGACCCCCUGACCUAUGGCUGCCUAUCCCCACGUCAUCAACAUGCAUUCCACCCCAGUUGUUGGGUUUCUCGGUAGAAAUUAAGGAAGGGCAACUAAAUUUUGUUUUGUUUUUUUCUCUUUUAACCUACUUUCUCCUCUACCAGUAGCCAGAUACUUAAGUCCAGAGUCCUACGUGAUGGCAUUCAGGAAAACUUACUUUACCCAAGCACAGAGGAAAAAGCACAUUUUUAUCAUCAUCUCUAUCAGGAUUAAUACAAAAUU